CUGCAGAUUUACCCGUACUGGACAUACAGCUAUUUGAUAACGCUCAUCCCGAUAUUUCUGCUUACUGAUUUGCUGCUUUACAAGCCGGUCCUUAUUCUGGAGAGUAUCGGCUAUAUGGUAUUUAGAAUCACGUUAGUAUUCGGAUGGGGUGUGUUCUCACAGCAAAUCGGAAUGGUUUUCUAUGGGAUUGCAUCGGCCGCCGAGAUUGCAUUCUAUUCCUAUAUUUAUGCAAAAGUUGAAAAGCACGAUUAUCAGCGGUUCGAUGAGUUGUUUUUAGUGGUUGAAGCCUGA